AUGUUGUCCAGAACAGCGACUCUUUUCCUGGCACUGACCCCCAGCUCUCUUGCUUGGCAAUGGGGUAAGGCAGGCAAAUGGACUGGUACACAAAGGUUGAACUGCCAUGGUGGUGAGACGUACAUUAAUUACACUACCGUGACUGGAUUCUUCCAGCAGGAUGACUCUGCGACCGAUGCGAGCAGUUUCGACUAUACUGCAUCAAACUUUGGUCUUAUCAACCGCACAUAUGAUACAGACGCAGAAUUUGACCCUGCCGGUACCAAGACGCAAUGGCAGCGUUUCGAGUACUAUGUCAACACUUUGAACGAAGAGGCCGAUUCCAAGACUCAGUAUAAAGUAGUAUACUUUGCCAGGCAUGGCGAGGGCUACCACAACGCAGCAGAGACCUAUUAUGGGACACCAGCUUGGAACUGCUACUGGUCCGAGCAAGACGGCAACGGCACUGUGACAUGGGCAGAUGCCUACCUGACAGAGGCUGGAAUUGCCCAGACCACCAAGGCCAACAACUUUUGGAAGUCUCAACUCGCAGACCAACAGAUGCCUGCGCCGCGUUCCUACUACACGAGCCCAAUGAACCGCUGUACCACGACGGCCAACCUGACAUUUAGCAGCCUGGACCUGCCAGCCGAGUACCCCUUUGUGCCGACGGUCAAGGAGCUGUUCCGCGAGGGCAUCAGCAUCCACACCUGCGACCGACGCAGCAGCCGAACACACAUUGCGAGCCUGUUCCCGUCAUACACCAUCGAGGCGGGCUUCACGGAACUGGACGAGCUCUGGAACGGCACGUAUGCCGAGACCUCGGCCGCGCAGGCCGUGCGCAGCAAAAAGGUGCUCGACGACGUCUUCUCCAACGAUGACGCCGCCUGGAUCAGCGUCACGAGCCACUCGGGCGAGAUCAAGAGCAUCCUGUCCGUGCUGGGCCACCGGACGUUUUCCCUGUCCACCGGCCAGGCCAUCCCCGUGCUCGUCAAGGCGCAGAACCUCAAGACGGAGCCGGCUACUACGACGGUGUCGAGCUGGAGCUACGAGGCAACUUGCACGGCCCCACCCGUCACGAGUAUUGCUGGAACUGGCUGUGUCUGCGCAACGACCACCUCGGCGGCGACCCUGGCAACGGCUUCAGUGGUCGCUAAUGCCACCAUCAGCUCUACGACUGUCUAG